AUGGCGACCGUUAACUCCGGGGGAAUGCCGGGGCGCCCCAAGGCCGAGUUCCUGCGCUCGGUAAGGGAUGCGCUGGGUAGAGUCGAGGGGCCGCCGGAGCACCCGUAUCACCGGCUGGAAGAGGAGCUUGAUACCCUCGAGGAACGGGCCACCGAACUGGAAACGCGGCUGCGGGAAAACCGCCCGCAACUGCUGGACCGAUUCGUCGAAAUGGCGGCCAAGGGCGGCUGGAAUGUACACCGCGUUUCUGGGGCGGAGGCGGCCGUCGGGCAGGUCGAUUCCAUCAUCGGAGAAUUGGGCGCAACCCGCAUAGUCCGCUCCGGGCAGCCGGUGUUCGACGAUCUGCCGGUGGACACCGCGCUGGAUUGGCGGGGCAUCGAAUUGGUUCCGGUCGUCAGGGACAGCUUGACCACCCGGGAGGAGUUGCGGGAAAAGAUGCGCCAUGCCGACGUCGGCCUUACCGGGACCGACUACGCCCUUGCUGAAACCGGGUCGCUGGUCAUUAUGCCCCGGCAGGGACUAUCGCGGCUGGUCUCGCUGGUGCCGCCGGUGCACGUGGCCCUGGUCCGACCUGAGGAGGUGCUGGAGAGCCUGCAUGACCUCUUCCUCCUGCGCCGCCUGGAGUACAAGCGCCGCGGGGGCGAGAUGGGCAGCUACCUGAACUUCAUCACCGGGCCCAGCCGCACCGCCGACAUCGAGAUGACCAUUGUGCAGGGCGUACACGGGCCUCGCGCAGUGCAUAUGAUAUUGGUCGAAUAG